CGCUACGCUUUCAUUAUUAUUGUUUAUUUUUGUUGUUUUCGUCUAAAAUUACGCCGCUCGAUCGACGUUGGCAGCCCUGCCUGUCAUUGUUGGUAAACUGCAUCAAGCGUUGUCAAUUUUUAAACAAACCCAUAUUUUGCGAAAAAAGUGCUUUUUUUAACAUAAACAAUGUUUUGAUUCGUAGAUAUAAUGGACCUGCCUCAGCCUCCACAAGAUACAGAAUUAAGAAAUAUAAUCGACAAACUCGCCCAGUUUGUCGCCCGAAAUGGCCCAGAAUUUGAACAGAUGACCAAAAACAAGCAAAAAGGCAACCCGAAGUUUCAGUUUUUGUACGGCGGUGAAUAUUUUAACUACUACCAGUACAAAGUGACAACAGAGCAAGCAGUGUUGAAGCAGCAGGGGAUUAUUGAGAAUAGCCCGAGUAAUUGGAAUUCUCCUUCUGCGAUGCAUAAUUCUGAAGUGGAUCAGCUUACAAUUCAGCAGGAUAGCUUGAGGGAGCAGAUUAAGCAGAGCGAGCAGAAUUUGUCGGCGCAGCAUACCGUGCUUUUGCAGCAGCAGCAAGCUCAAGCUGAGGCUGUAGUGACAAAGUGCGAAAUCGCGGGGUUGCAGAAAGAAGCGGAUUCUAGUGAUAUUAAUCUGCAGGACAUUUAUAACAUUUUGCAACCUAUUAUAGAUAGUUGUACGAAGGAUAGUAUAAGUAACGGGAAAUCGUGGUUUCUACAGCACGCCACUAAUAAAGAUCAGGCUUACUGCAUAGUCCAUUGUCUACUUGCCAAAGUGAUUGAAGCGUCCGCGUUUUCGCAAAAACUACACAUCAUUUAUUUAGUGAACGACCUUUUGCAUCAUUGUUUCAGCGCUAGGAAAAACGCCCACGACCUCAAAGAAGCGCUGGAGUCGGUCGUGGUACCCAUGUUCUGCAACGCGCACAUCAGCGCGUCCGAAGAACAGAGAGCCAAGCUAGAAAAGUUGUUAAAACUGUGGGAAUCCAAAGCUAACUACCUUGACCCGAGCACAGUGGAAAAAAUGCGCCAACCCACCCAAAGCUACCAGCAAUACCAAUCUCAACAAAUGAUGAAAUACAGCUCAGAAAUCACCUCAUUGGCUCAACAAACUAAAGCCACUUAUGACAGUUACCAAGCCCAACACCAGGCUUUCGUCUGUCACGCUAUGCAACAAAUCGCGGAUUUGCAGCAACAGAAGCAAGCUCUCGAGCAGCCGCAGCCGCAACCGCAACCGCAGCCGCCCCCCAUCCAAAACACCAACAUAAUCCCGCUCGAGACGAUCCAAGCCAGCCUGCAGCAAACCAUUCAGAAUCUAAGUCAGCAGAACAGCGCCACCACUCAGAAUCCACCGACGACUCCGAACUUUCCAAUACAGACAAUGAACCCUCCGCCCGCUCAGCCCCCAAAUGACUUUGUCCCGAUGAAUCCGUCUAUACCGCCCCCGAACAUGACGACACUGCCGCCGCCGCCGCUGGGCCAGAGUCCCGGUUUGCCCACCAACGGGAUGGACAAUCCGUUCUCGCAGCCGCCUCCAGGCUAUUUCCCUCCGCCGGGAGUUUUUCCCGACUUUUCCAAACCGCCGCCGGGGUUCGCGCCGAACCCCGAGCCGCCGGCCGUCGAGGAGCUGAUGCCGACGGCGCCCUACUACGACCUCCCCGCCGGACUUAUGGUUCCGCUGAUUAAGUUGGAAGAUACAACAUAUAAACCGUUAGAUCCUAAAGAUAUUAGGUUGCCACCACCAGCGCCCCCUAGCGAUCGCCUCCUGGCCGCUGUGGAAGCCUUUUAUUCACUCCCCAGCCACGAACGGCCCCGAGACAGUGAAGGUUGGGAAAAGCUAGGUUUGUAUGAAUACUACAAGGCAAAGAAUAAUGCGAAACGUGAAAAAGAAGAGCAGAUCGCCGCCGGUCUCCGAGAAAAAUCUCGUAGUCCCAGUCCGAUCGUACUGCCAGUCGAAAAAGAGCCGUCUCCCCCUAAGCGAAGGUACACGAGUAAAUCGCCUUCGCCUCCCGCCAGAGGGCGCCGUUCCAAAUCCCGAUCUAAGUCGAGGUCGAGGUCGAGGAGUCCGAGGACGCCGCGCCGAAGACACUCGAGGAGCGGCCGAAGGCGGCGAAGCGUCUCGAGGUCGCUGUCGAGGUCCCCGAUCCGGCGAUCGCCGUCACCGCCGCCGCCGACGUUAGGUUUUAGUGCGCCGAACUUUGUGCGGAACGAAAGACAAGAAAUCGAUUCUUCCAAUAAGGGACAUCAAAUGUUGAGGAAGAUGGGGUGGGGUGGGAGCGGUUUGGGGGCUAACGAACAGGGGAUCGAUGCGCCUAUUUCCGGGGGGGACGUUCGUGAUAGGCAGGACCAGUUUAAGGGUGUGGGGUGUAAUUUGAACGAUCCGUAUGAAAACUUUAGGAAAAACAAAGGGGCCGCGUUUAUAACGCGAAUGAAGGCGCGAGCUGAGGAGAGAGCCAAUGAGAUCGUCAUCGCAAAAGUACCUAAAACCAAUCAAACAAGAAAUAUUUCCAGAUACAAUGAAUGACCGUUUGUAUAUUUUAUUAUGCACAAUAUAUUUAAUGUAUUGUAAAAAUAGUGUAUAUAAGCACAAUGUACAAAAUUACAUCAGACUAAUAAACAUGUUAUUUUUAAA